AUGGCCGACACGUCUGCACCGGAAACCCCUGUCACUGCCCCUGAUGGCUAUACCAAGCCGCGAGUAACGACUAAGACGAUCAUCCAUGAAUACCUCCUAGAACGUCUCCCCGUCUAUGGUGAGCUUCGUGAGCUCCAGAGACAGGGCUGGGAGAGCGAAACGGGAGAUAGCCACUUCCAACAACAGCGCCAGCGUGCAGACUACGCCGAUGCCAGAACGAAGAUCACCUUCUUCAACCUGAUGCGUGACAUCGGCUUCGAACUCGACAAGGCCACCUCCGCCCUGACCAUUGAUCAUGACGCCGACACUCGCCCGGCCAUUCUGGACCUCUGCAUGGCCCCCGGCGGUUUUGCAGCGGCCGCCCUGCAGCGCAACCCGUCCGCCCUCCUCCGUGGCAUUAGCCUGCCGCGCGAGCUGGGUGGCCAUGAGAUGUUGCUCCGCACGUAUUCCUCCACCGACCCCAACGCCGACACCUACAUCUCGUUCCGGGACAUCACACUGCUGGCCGAGGAGAUGGGCACCCCGCUGUCAAGCAUCCCGGCCUCGCAUCCCGAUGCGGCGUCUUUCUCAGCCGACCGUCCCUUCCUUGACCAAAAGUUUGACCUCAUCUUUUGCGACGGCCAGGUCCUGCGCACGCACGAGCGGCCCGAGUGUACGUUCCCUUCUGACCCGCCCCUCCGCCUUCAAGCAACCCACUUCUCCUACACUCCUCUGCCUCCACCCCCUUAUCCCUCCCGUCUUCAACCCUCAACCAUCCCCCACACCUGGCCCCCAACUCCCUAA